CAGGUUGGAUUCCAGGUUAUAACUCGGUCGGCGAGGCGAGACAGCAAGGACGUAUAAAGGACCGACUCCUGCCAGAAGCGCAAGAGGGGACUUGAAGCACAGCAAGUCGCAGCGCCUAACCUCCACGGUUGAUCCGGAUCCGGCUUCCCAGGCGAGCGAACGCAAGGGAAACGCAAAGAUGGGCAAGCCAACGAAGCGUACCAAAAAAUUCAUCAGCACAAAGCUCGAUUCGCACAUUCAGGCGCGCAAGCAGCAUCAGAAGAAGAAGAAGCUUGCGCUCGUCAAUGCAGAGCGCAGAGCCAAAGCUGCCAAGUCGAAACCCCCCGGAAGCGGCGGGAGAGCGACACUCGACGAGGAUGAGUUGAGGUCCAGCGACGAUGGCGAGGCAGACGAGGACUUGCCGGCUGACAGCGAUGAUGGGCAAGCAGAGGCCGGCGAGGGAUCAGGUAAAGGUCGCAAGGCACUAGCCGAAAUGAGUGUGGAUGAAUUCCUCGCGCAUGGGCUGGAUGGCGUGGCCGGAGAUGAAGACGAUGACCAUGAAGAUGAAGAUGUUGAAGACCUCGAGGACCUGGAAGAAUUGGAAGACGAAUCUGAUGAAGAGGGAGACCACAUAGCCGACCUUACAGCACUUGCGAAAAAGGACCCAGACUUCUUCAAGUACUUGCAAGAAAAUGACGCCGAUCUUCUAAAUUUCAACCCAGACGUCGACAUGGCCUCAGCCUCGGAUGACGAUAAGGACAGUGCAAAUGAAGACGAAGGAUUAAAGGGUACGAAAGCAAACCCAAAGUCGAAACACGCCGCUGCCGAAGCAAUCGAAAAGCAAGUCGUAACGCUUUCGAUGCUUCGCGAAUGGCAGCGGGCAAUCUUACAGCAGCGCUCCCUCCGCGCCAUGCGGCGCUUGCUCCUUGCUUUCCGUGCGGCAGCGCAGCUUGGCGCAUCUACAUCAUCGGCCCCUAUGCCAGCCGGCUCUGGGGUCAACGCGGACGAGUCGGCAAAGGAGAUGAGUAAGCGCAAGCGCAAGGCCCUUAAGAAGCAGCGGCGCGUCGAGCAAGGCGGCGUAAAUGGCGAUGGCGAGGGCGGCGGGGCCGGAGGCUACAUUGUGCAAGACGCACGCGUCUACCAGAAGGUCAUCCAGACGACGUUGAAAUACACACCACUCGUCCUUGCGCACCACGUGCCGUACAAGGAGAUCUCAAAGAACGGCGCAAGCAGUAUUAGCGCCGGGACGCGCUACAAGCUGCCGACGCAGUCUAAAAAGUACGCCAUGCUACAGCGUCCGAUCCAGUCCUUCUUCUACAACCUCACCGUCCUCCUUCGCUCGCUACCGGACGGGCGGAAGCGUACUUCCUCCGCUCUCGAUGACGGCAGCGAGGACGAUGAGGGGGAAGAAGGUGGCAAAAAGAACGGCAAGGGCGCAGACGGCGCUCUGUUGGGCUUCGUGGUUGAAGAGAGUAGCCGGAUGAUUCCGUAUAUUGUUGGGAACCAGAAGAGGAAGAUGGCGAGAGAUUAUAUCAAGAUCAUGCUUGACCUCUGGUCCUCCGCUGCCGAUGGUGUGCGCGUCUCGUCGUUUCUGGCAGUCCGCAAAAUGGCAGCCGCAGGCGAUGCCGACAUGCUGGAUCUCUGUCUUAAGGGGACAUACCAUGCAUUUGUGCGCUCAACGAAGCUUACCACGGCGCACACUUUGCCCUCCAUCAAUCUAAUGAAGAACUCCGCAUCUCAGCUCUUCUUGCUGGAUUUGACGGCGUCGUAUCAGCACGCGUUUGGCUUCAUUCGUCAGCUCGCGAUCCAUCUCCGCAACUGCCUGCAGAACAAAAGCAAGGAGGCGUACCAGAAUGUGUACAACUGGCAAUAUGUCCACUGCCUCGACUUUUGGAGCUUGGUCCUCUCUGCCACUUGCGACCGUGACAGCAAAGCAGGUGGACAACCGCAAGAGAGUCCAAUGGAGCCGCUGAUCUACCCGCUCGUUCAGGUGUCCCUCGGCGCCAUCCGCUUGAUCCCCACAUCGCGCUACUUCCCGCUACGGCUUCACAUUAUCCGCUCGCUCCUGCGUCUAGUACAGCGCACGGGUACCUACAUCCCGCUGGCGCCUUACCUGAUCGAGAUGCUCGAUGCGCCGGAAUUUCAGCGUAAAGCCAAGGCCUCGACGCUGAAGCCGCUGGAUUUGACCACCAACUUCCGUGCACCUGCCGCGUACCUCCGCACGAGCGUCUACGCCGACCACAUCGGCGAAGAAGUCGCUUUCCUUCUGCUCGAAUUCCUUGGUAGCCAAGCGCGCAGCCUCGCUUUCCCCGAGCUGUGCAUCCCUGUGACUGUACAGCUGCGGCGGCUCAUGAAGACCUUCGCCACCGCUAAACCUGGGGCAAAGGGCAAGGGAGCAGGAGCAGGAAAGGGCAAGGCGGAUGUGGCGCUGAAGCAUCUGCUCGACAAGGUAGCGCAACAAGUCGCGUGGACCGAGAAGCGACGACAAGGGAUCGACUACGCGCCUGCUUCUGCUGUCCGCAAUGGGCGUGCGACGAGCGCAGGCAAGCAGGCCGCUGCAUUCUUAAAGAACGAACAGGUAGAGGCUCCGCUCGAGGCUGCGCUGAGGCUCGCGAGAAAGGUGCGCGCGCAGAAGAGACAAUUGCUGGAGCAGUCAAAGAUCCAGAUCGAUGGAUGAUGGAUUGGGUUGAUUCUUGCAUGCUUGUACUUUCGUCAAAGUUCUUCUGCUGCU